AUGUGUCAGCAUCAGCAGACGUGCUGGGAAGAGGAGAAUGUGCUUCAGCAGAAGUGCUGGGAAGAGGAGAAUGUGCUUCAGCAGAAUUGCUGGGAAGAGGAGAAUGUGCUUCAGCAGAAGUGCUGGUUAGAGGAGAAUGUGCUUCAGCAGACGUGCUGGUUAGAGGAGAAUGUGCUUCAGCAGAAGUGCUGGGAAGAGGAGAAUGUGCUUCAGCAGAAGUGCUGGGACGAGGAGCAUGUGUGUCCAUUUCAGCAGAAGCGCUGGGACGGGGAGAAUGACGACCAUGAUGGAGGUUCAGCUGCUGAUGAAGAGGCUCUUGAUGCAGAUGAGGAGGAUGGAGAUGGCGCUGGUAAGGAUGUUGUCCUGGACGUUGAUGCUUUGAUGUUGAUUCCGUUGAUGACGUUGUUGCGGGGAUGGUUAGGGAGGGGGAGGCUGGAAAAGGGGUGA